UCAUCGCACCAGUUUCAGCGCGACACGCGAUAGACUUGGAUGAUGUUUCCGCCAACAGUUCAGAAAACAAAGUGCACAAAAUUUGUGUUGUUUAUUCAAAAUCAAUGAAAGAUGCCGUCCUAAAAUCAAGGAAGGCUGGUGCCCUUAUCACUUAUCGGCAACACAUCGCGUCGCAAUACACCACAGUCAGUAAGCAUGCAACUUGACGACACAUCGAAAGGAAUAAAUCGAAACCAUCGGUUGCUUGCUACCUUAGUUGCUAAUCUGCUUCUAAACGGUUCGGUUCGUUCGAGUGGCAGUGACAGCGAGUGACGGGAAGAGGCUGCUUACCUUCGAGUCGUCUGUGGUUAACAAAAAGUAAAGUGCUGCCAUAAAAUCCUGCUCCAUUCACAGGUGUGCAAAACACAUACCACUUUCGCUCCUGCGUACACACCGCGAAGAUGAGAAUUAUGCAACGUGUGUGACACAUAGAACGUGGCGCCUCGAAACAUCCUUCGCGUGGAGCAGAAAGUGUCUUUCCAAUCAGUGGCAAGGUUGUGCACCCACCGCGCGCAGCGAAGAUCGUUGACUGGUGACUAAUCUUGAUGUGUUCUCGGUGUGUGGCUCAGGGAAGCUGCGAGUGAUUUGAAAUUUGAACGGGGUGCGAUACGUGCUAAACACAGUAACCAUGGAGUCCACACAGCGCAGUAAGCUGAUCGGUGUCAUCGACGAUGGGACGAAUAUAGCGCGCUUUGCGAUCUUCAAAGUCCCCGAUUUCGAGGAGAUCUGCUCGCAUCAGCUUAGCAUAACACAGAUAAUUCCUCAAGAAGGCUGGUUCGAGCAGAAUCCGGUGGAAAUACUGGAAGCGGUGCGGUUGUGUGUGGUGGAGGCCUGCCACCGACUCGAGUUGCUAGACUAUCUGGUGCAGGACAUUGCCUCGAUCGGUAUCACCAACCAGCGUGAGACAACCGUCGUGUGGGACAAGCAUACCGGCGAGCCGCUCUACAAUGCCAUCGUGUGGAACGAUAUCAGGACGAACUCCACGGUGGACAAAGUGUUGGCGCGUUUGCCCGAGCAAAAUCAUAAUCACUUCCGGGCGAUUUCCGGGCUACCCAUUUCGCCGUAUUUCUCCGCGCUCAAGCUCAAUUGGUUGAAAGAAAAGGUCCCGGCGGUGCGGCGGGCCUGCAGAGAGAAGCGAUGUUACGCCGGGACGAUUGACAGUUGGUUACUAUGGAACCUGACCGGAGCAACCAAUGGUGGGGUGUUCGCAACGGAUGUUACCAAUGCUUCGCGAACGCUGCUCAUGAACAUCGAAACACUCCACUGGGAUCCGCUGCUGAUAAAGACAUUCUCACUGCACGUUGACAUGCUACCGGAGAUUCGCAGCUCGUCGGAAAUCUACGGGUACAUGAAGGACGGAUGUGUUCUGGAUGGGGUACCAAUCAGCGCGAUUCUCGGUAAUCAACAGGCAAGUUUGGUGGGUCAGCACUGUGUCAGGGAAGGACAAGCAAAAAAUACCUACCGGAAAGGGUGCUUUCUACUGUACAAUACGGGGACAAGGUGCGUACAUUCCACCCAUGGCCUAGUGACGACGGUCGCAUACCAGAUGGGACAGGAUAAACCCGUGAUUUAUGCGUUGGAAGGUUCGGUGGCGGUGGCCGGUGUUGCCAUGAAGUGGCUCAGAAACAAUCUUGGUCUUCUAGACGAUAUUCCAACGGAUUCGGAGAAGAUUGCCGGAAGUGUGUUCUCAACCGGAGAUGUGUACUUCGUACCUGCCUUCACUGGACUCUACGCACCCUAUUGGAGGAAAGACGCUCGAGGCAUUAUCUGCGGGCUCACCAGUUUCACGACCAAACAUCACAUCAUUCGGGCUGCACUAGAGGCGGUUUGCUUUCAGACGCGUGACAUUCUCGAAGCGAUGAAGAAAGACUGUGGCAUUAACCUCAACAAGCUGCACGUGGACGGCAUCAUGAGCAACAACUCGCUGCUCAUGCAACUGCAGGCGGAUCUGGGUGGUAUUCCAGUGUUAAAGACGGAAGUUUGCGAUCCGGCAGCGCUCGGUACAGCGAUGGCAGCAGCGCAAGCGAAAGGUAUCGAUCUGUACAACAUGGAUCCGGACAGCCGUGAUCGCCAGAUACACAUCACGCACGAAACAUUCCUCCCGACCACGACGGAAGAGGAACGAAACGCUCGGUACACCAAGUGGAAGAUGGCUGUCCAGCGGAGCUUGGGUUGGGCCGUAACCAAGAAGAGUGAAGCCAUGACCGACGAACGAUACCAUCUGCUUGCAUCGAUUCCGGCCGGUCUCUUUCUGCUGAGUUCGUUCAUGAUGCUGGUGUUCUCCCAAGCCCGGCAAAGUUGAUGAAAGCGUGACGCCGUGCCUCCACUGGAUUCGGUGGCUGUUGUAUAUUAACACCGUUGGAUAAUCCGUAGGUGAUUGAGUAUGAAUUAGGUAUUUUCAGUCUUCACGUUUAGAGUCAAGAGUGAGGGUGAUACCGAGAACUCACUUGACCUCAAUAUGGAGAAAAGCUUUGUUAACAUUCAUAAUUAGUCUAGAGGCAGAAACGAUGCAUUCAUUCGGAGUAAACAGGUCUUGAUUCCAUCAAAAGUCCGGGGUACUGGAGCAGGUACCUUAGGCAGAAUGUGCUUAACGUAAGUCAAAUUAUUUCUGAAUAAUUUGUUGAAUCAUGGUUCUCCUCUCAGAAAAAAAGACGAAACACACGGUUGCCAUUAGAGUAGGAACUAAUAUAAUUUAAGUUUAUAUAGUGUUCUAACGAAAUCAAAAAUAGCUUUGCAGGUUACGGUUGAUAUAGAACUUGCCGCUUUAAGUCGAAGACAACUGUUACCCUUAAUUAUUGAAGGUAGUUUAACGCUUAUUUGUUGUGGAAGCAAAAUGCAGAUUCGAAUAUUUUUUAUACUGUACUUAAAAGUUUGUUACUGGACCACA